CUUUCAAGCCACCGACAUCGGCGUUCCAUACUGCGACACAAGCCGGAAGUAAACAUAAACGCUGCAACUUUGCUCCCUUUAUCCCCCCAGUUAAAUAAACAAAACAAAAAAAAUAAAUAAUAUGUAUUCAGAGGAUAGUUUGAGAAAAUUCGUCACAGAGCGACUAACGGCUGCUGCUGAAGACAUUUUUGUAGUUUUUAAAAGCACUAUCGUCGAGUACGAGGAGGAGCUCGAGCGUCAACGUAAACUGCUGGAUAACGUCCUGAAACCUCAAGUGAAUUUAUACAGAAUAGAUGUACCACAGCAACUUGUGUGUAAAGAAGAUGAUGUCCUACCUGACCAGCAGCUCUGUGAGCAGGAGAGGAACUCCAGUCCAGACCAAGAGGAGCCACAGGUUAAAGAGGAGCCGGAGGAUGGAGAGCAGCUCAUACUGAAGGAGGAGACUGACACGUUCAUGUUGACUCCUACUCACGAGGAGAGUUACCACAGUGAACCAGAACUACAGAAUGAACACCAGCUCCUUACUUAUGACUCUCAUGUUCCUGAGGAUCAAGAUCCAACAGGAAGCAAGCACAGAGACUCAGAGGCCAGCCCUCCCAACAUAAUUCGCCAGAACAGUUGCAUCGCUGCCUUGUUGGAGAAUCCCUUUAAUCCUGUUCAGGAUCACCUGUUUUUAAAAUGUGACACUUGUGGGGAAGUUUUUAACAACAUUUUAGCAUUACAGACACACCAGUGUGUCCACAGUGGUGAAGAAACACAUUCUUGCAAAAUUUGUGGGAAAAUAUUUCGUUUUAAAUCGUCAUUGGCGGUUCAUGUAAGAGGUCACACAGGUGAGAGGCCAUAUCCCUGUAAAACAGGUGGAACAGGUCAGAGUUCAGAUUUGGCAAAGCGUAACAUUAAGCACACAAGUAAAAUGUUUCAUUGUGCAACGUGCGGGGAAUCCUGCAGAUCAAAAUCUGACUUAAAGCUCCAUGGGAGAAUCCACACAGGUGAGAGGCCGUACUCCUGCAGCUUCUGUGGAAAAAGCUUCUCUGAGCAGUCAGUCUUGAAAAAGCACAUUCAAAUCCACACAGAUGAAAAGCCGUUUACAUGCAUAACAUGCGGCAAAUCAUUCCGAGUUAAUUCUGCCUUAAUAGUCCACAUGAGAACCCACACAGGCGAGAGGCCGUACUCCUGCAGCACCUGUGGGAAAAGCUUCUCUCAGAUAUCACACCUGAAAGUUCACAACACAAUCCAUACAGAUGAAAAGCCGUUUACCUGCAGUGCAUGCGACAGAUCUUUUAAAGUGAGCGGCGAACUGAAAAAACACGUGGAAAGGGUCCACUUAGGUGAGAGGCCGCACCCGUGCAGCAUCUGUGGAAAAAGGUUCUAUCAGAAACCAGAUCUAACGAAGCACAUGCAGACUCAUUCAAGCGAGAAGCUGUACUCGUGUGGCAUCUGUGGGGCGUCGUUCACUGUAAAACGUUAUUUGGAUAAGCACACAAGAUUGAAACGGUGUUUUCUUGCAAAACGUAUCGGGUUUGUAGAUUCUUACUGUGUUGACGGCUCACAUGAGAAAAGCUGACAUAAGUCAGUUUUGUAAAAACCGUCAGAACAAAAUAAUUCUUAGGGGCAAACUGAGCAAAUGCAUGAGGGAUGGGGCAUGAUUUUGGAAUAUCUGGAUGGUUAUGAAAAUGUGAAGGUUUUGCUUUGAUUUUUCCAUACCUUAAUGGUACAGGUUCAUCUCAAUAAUCCAAAUUCUAUAUCUACAACAGGGCCGUUUCUUGCUAUACACAGACUAUGCAAAUGCAUAAGGCCCCACAAGCCAAUAGGGGGCCCCAAGGCUGAAUGUUCAGCCUCAUCUGAGGAGAAUUAAGAUUACCUGUCUUUAGUCUUUACUGUAUAUGCUUGAAAAAAAAAGUAUGGUAUCAGAAUAAAAUAAGCCGCAAUGAUAAGCUGUUACCAGUGUUUUUGAGGCAAAAUUAAGUCACAUUUGUUGAACUCCACUGUCAUUCAGUGAGUGAGGUUUGCUGACAGGUAGGAUGGGAAUAACUGGGUUAGUGUAUUUUCUGGCAGAUCCAUUUCCUCUGUGAAACAAAAAAAAAACAUCUGUUUUCUCCUUUUUUUUUCUUUUGGUCAAAAAAUAGUUUAUUUGUCCUCAGCUAACCUCAGAUGAAUGCUAGUUAGUGAGUGAUAUCAGUUGUGUUCUUGCUUUUAAAGCAGGGCCCUGGGGUCAAAUCUGGCCUGUGGCACGAUUAUAUCUGGCCCGAUUAUAUCAUAUUUGUAUUAUAACUGGCCCACCAGUAUGAGGUCUGCAAAUUUCCUCCAGAAUUAUAAU